UCCGCCCUGCGGCGCUGCCUCCCCCGCCGCCCGAUGGUUCGCGCCGCCGCCUGCCUCCCCCCCUGUCGCGCGCGCGGUGGUGCAGCCCCGCGGGCCUAUCCCCGCCUGAGCGCGCGGGCGCGCGCGACCCGGAAGCGCUGCGGGUCACUUCCAGGUGAGGGGGCUUCCGGCCGGCCGGCCCGUUAUCCCGGGGGGGCGGCGGCGCCCGGCUGGGUGAGCGGCGGGCCCGUGGCGCUGCGGCCUUCUCCUCGCGGAGCUGGUUCCCAAUGUCCUGCCAUGGAUGAUGACAGCCAGGAUGAACUGAUAAACAAGAAUGCCGCGCUAGGCAAGGGCAAGAGGCAGAGUCUGGCGCUCCUUAGUGAAGCAGAAAGCAAUGAUGGGAAUAGCUGUGAUUCAGAAGAUGAGACUGGAAGUGAGGAGGAAGAAGAUGACACUGAGGAGGAGGGAGGUGAGGAGGACAAGGAAGAAAGUGAAGAUGAAGAAUUAGAUGGUGAAGAUGACAAUGAGGAAGAGGAGGAGGAAACUGAAACUGCUGUGGGGGGAAUGACAGAUUCUCUGAAAUUAGAGCCACACAUAAACGGAGCAAACAUUUCCUCUGAUGAGGAUGGUGAAAACUGCCCGAUUUGCCUCAACACGUUUAGGGAUCAGGCUGUUGGAACUCCUGAGAAUUGUUCCCACUACUUCUGCUUGGACUGCAUAGUGGAGUGGUCUAAGAAUGCCAACUCUUGUCCAGUGGAUCGAAUCCUCUUUAAGUACAUUAGUAUUCGGGCACGUUUUGGUGGUAAAAUCUUAAAAAAGAUUCCUGUUGAGAACACAAAAACUCAGGGUAACGAUGGAGAGGAUGAUCCAACCUUCUGCGAGGUGUGUGGCAGGAGUGACCGUGAGGAUCGUCUGCUGCUGUGUGACGGCUGUGAUGCAGGGUAUCACAUGGAAUGCCUUAAUCCACCUCUGAGUGAAGUCCCUGUAGACGAAUGGUUCUGUCCAGCCUGCGCCCCCAUGGGUAUCAGUGCUGUUGCAGAUACAGAUCACGUGAGCGAAGAAGAGGUUGCUGCCCUUGUGGCUGAUGUUAUUCCUACCACUAGCAGGCUGCGCCCUCACGUCCGAACCCGAGCUAUAGCCAGGACUCGGCAAAGCGAACGAGUUAGGGCGACAGUAAACAGGAAUCGGAUAACAACUGCGCAACAAAUUCAGCAUGUGCCGAGGUACCUCAUGUCCUCUCUUCUGGAUGAAACAAUUGAGGCAGUUGUAGCGGGCCUAAACACAGCCAUCUACCAGCGACCUCUUACACCACGAACUCCAAGGCAGAAAAGAAAAACAGGUAGGAGGAAGAAAGUAGCAGGCAAAAAAAGAACUCAGACGAAAUCUGCUGUUGGGAAGAAGAGUUCAGGAACACAGCUGAAGAGGCGCAAGCGUCUGAAGAAGAGAAGGGGGAAAAAGAUGAGAAUAAGAUCACAUGUAAAAAAUGAGGUUACUACUCGCUCCCGUAUUGCAAGAACUCUUGGUCUCGGUAGACCCAUGCGUGGCGCCUCAAUUCCUUCCAUAUACAAAGCAGCAGAGCCCUCGCUUGGUCUUAUGAGAGCAGAUAUCGGUGCAGCUUCUCUGUCUGUGUUUGGAGAUCCCUAUGAAUUGGAUCCUUACGAAAGUAAUGACGAUGUUCCAGCAAAUCCAGAUUCACCAGUGAGUGCCAAAAGAAGAGUUCUCUCGCAGUCGGCACUGAGGUCUCAUCGUCCUGUAGCUAGACCUAUUUCUGUAGGACUUCCCAGAAGCAGUGUACCUGCCUUGAGUCCUGAUCAAGAAGCAGAAGCUGCCCCUGUGCCUGACCUGCUGGGAAGUAUCCUGUCUGGGCAGAGCUUCCUCAUGAUGAGUAGUUCGGAUGUGGUCAUCAACAGAGACGGCUCGCUGACAGCAAAGAAGGCAGCUCCACUUCCUAGAAAAUCGACAAGUGACUCCAGAGUGGAUGAUGGUUCAGGACAUAACCUUCAACCAAGUGCAGUGCACUCAGGGACCACAGCAAGCAGGUCCGUUGCUGGACCUUCAGUUUCCUCGGGGACAAAUCCUCACACCAGACCCACCUCAUCAAGCUUGUUUUCAUCACCUUCACCCUCAUUGAGCAAGACUGAGCCUGCAACAAACCCUGCACAGGCUACAUCAGAAAAGGCAACUGUCAGAUCAGAAUAUUCAGCGAUGCCCAGGUCUGUUCAAACUCACAGUACGUCUAGUCUGAGUAGGCAUGGCUCCAAGUUGGAUGAAAUGCCCAGAUUUAAUGGAAACUCUAAACGCUUUGCACCCUCUGACGCAUCUUCGAAGACCCUGAGCUCUAACGUGAAUUCUGGUUCAAAAGCUGUAACUGUGAGGCAGCCGUUAAAACCACCUCCUAAGAGAAUUGAUAUCUUUGAGCUUCCCAGGAUACCAAAGAUUAAAAAGGAAACCAGCAGCAAGCAUGUGGAACCAAAUCCCGCCGGAAGCCAAAGCUGUGACAUCCCUAGCUCCUGUAUAACCCAGCUGACUGGUAAAGAGGGCACUAAUCAGACGGGUAAGGGUAGCAAGGUGGAGAGUCAGAAGUCAAAUGCCAAGGAGUCUCAGCAACAAAUGCGUACGAGUGGGGUAUCUCUUUCUACCGAUACAGGCACUUACAGCAGUUCAUCACUACUUGGCCUUUCAAGGGGCAAAGGCCCAGGCUCUUUUGAGAGUUUUAAAAUUAAUAUUCCUGGAAAUGCAGGACAUUCCAGCAGGCUGCCUAACCCAGGAUUUUGUAACACCUUCCGCCCUGUUGACGACAAAGUGCAGCAGAAGGAGAGUCCUUCACCUAUUUUCUCUGUUAAGAAAAAACAGGUCAAAAGUGAAAUAUAUGAUCCCUUUGAGCCAACGGGGUCAGACUCAAGUUCAGCAAGCAGCAGUCCUGAGAGGCUUGGCUCAGGGAUCCCGCUGACUAAUAUUACCAGGACUAUUUCCAUUGAAAAUCCAAAAGUUCAAACGUUUCAAACUGUCCGUCGUUUUACCCCUUACACAGUAGAAAAUAUAUUUGGCUCUGGGGCUGAAUCUGAUGUACCUUCUAGUAAUGCAGAGUCUCAUGAUGAUGUGACAGUAGAAAGUAGGAUUGUUGAACAGAUCUCUGAUGCAGAGGAACAAGAAAAUGUGGAUGAGGAAGACUUUCUAAGCAGUCCUUGUACUUCUACUGCUGUUAAGCGAAUUUCUAAUGCAGAGUGUUUAAAGGAGGAAAGCAGAGAAGGCCCUAAUGUGUUCUUUAAUGCUGAAGAAUUGAUUAGAUCUAAUAUUAAUGUGAAACUAGAACCAGCCAGCCCAUCAAAGAAUGAUGAGCAGCAAAAAGUCCAAAAAGUAGAACAGGCAGAGAGGCGAUCACGUUCCAGAUCUCGUUCAAACUCCAGUUCCCGAAGCAAGAAGAAGACGAAAAGGAAAAAGGCACUUGUCAAAGAGCGUAAGAGAUCCCGAUCAGGAUCUAGGGAUAGAGCACGCUCAAGGGACAGAAGCUCCAGGUCCACCUCUUGGUCAAGUGAAGAGGAGCACAGCAAAACACACACGUUGAAACCCAAGAGCAGGAGGUCUUCUACUGACUGUUCUAGUAGUCAUGAGCGAUCUAAAAAAAAGAAAAUGAAGGGUAAAACCAAGGAUAAGAAGGCAAAAGCUUCCUGGUCUAGGGAGAGAAGGAAAUCUAGGUCGCGUUCAGGGAGCCCUGGAAGUACUUCAGAGUUCUACGAAAAUAGGAAAAAGAAAAGACGGUCUCGAUCAAGAUCCAGACGGAGGGAGCGUUCCCGGUCAAAUAGUAUUGAGAGGACUAAGAGGCGGAAACAUAGGAGGGACAAAAGCUAUGAGAGAUACGACAAAGAUAGUAGCUUGAGGUCCAGAGAGAGAAAGAGAUCAAGAUCCAGGUCUCGGGAGAGGAGAAAGUGGAGGUCCCGGUCUCGCUCUGCGUCUCGGUCUCGGGAGCACAAAAGCACCAAGUCAAAGGAGAAGAGACCACGAUCGAGGUCACGUUCCAAAGAAAGAAAACACAAAUCAAAAGAGACCGCACUUUUUCCUUCCCCAGAAGAGGAUCAAAAGCCUCCUGUAGAAAACGUAUCCAGGUGUCUGGAACAACCCCAUUCCUUCAAAGAAGAGCCUAAGGAGGAGCUAGCACUAGAACAGAUUUCCAUAACCAUCCAACCAAACAUCAAACUUGAGGAGGAAAUACAGGCAGAGAUCCCAGUACAACUGAGGGAGCCCCAGGAGAGUAUAAAGGUGGAACAGAUCUGUGAGGACAUGACAGAUGAACCUGCAUCCCCUGCACCAGAGAACACAAGCACUUCUGUUUCAGUUGGCAGUGUGGACUCUUUAGCUGAAAAAGAAUUAAUGAAUAAUAGUGAUUCAGCAGCGCUUGGUAGCUGUAGCAAUACAAACCUCAAGAUUACAGUUAAAAUAGAAAACGCUGCCGUGUGUCCAUCUCUGAUGGAACCACCUCAGAAGAAGGAAGUUACCAUGCAAGUUCAGACUGAGGCUGCACCAAUUCAAAGUUCAUCCAGAAGCGAAAUAACAGAUUGUGUGAAAGAUGUUAAAGAUGAGUGCCUUGUGUCAAAUGAAAAAGACAGUAAUUUCAAUAAGCCCGAACUGGAGGUGGUACCUCAGGGUCCUCUGUUGAAAUCUAAAGCACCAGUGAAAAGGGUUACCUGGAAUCUUCAGGAGGAAGAAAGCGGCGCGUUGUCUGCCGGAAAAGCUCCUAGGAUGCCGUUUUACAGACUUCAGAGAGCGAAAGAAGGGGCCUGGAAAGCUGAGGACUUGAACCAAACAUUAAAUCAGGUGUACUGUCAAAAUAUACCUUUGACGCCACCUCUGCCCUCAAGCCUUCCCCCCUACGCACCCGUCAGCCAGCCCACGGUUCAGUUCAUCAUGCAGGGCAGUCUUCCAGCGCUCGGCUGUGUGGCAGGGCAGAGCUUGACUCCAGAGCCAGGCAGCCUGGCUCCUGCGUCUGAACCAGGAAUUCAAGCGGCUUCUAUCGGAAACGCAGAAGAAAAGGUGAAAGCGCCCAAACCUCCAGUGGAUAAAACAAAAAACGAAGAAUACAUGAAGAAGCUUCACAUGCAGGAAAGGGCUGUGGAAGAGGUGAAGCUUGCUAUUAAACCCUUUUACCAGAAGAGGGAGAUAACAAAGGAGGAAUACAAAAAUAUUCUGCGAAAAGCAGUGCAAAAGAUCUGCCACAGCAAAAGUGGAGAAAUCAACCCUAUGAAGGUAGCCAAUCUGGUAAAGGCAUAUGUGGAAAAGUACAAACAUAUGAGGAAGCAUAAGAAGUCUGAUGGUGAAGAUGUGCGCGAAGUGGAAAACUGAGAACGAGCCAGAGCCAGCAUAACUUGGACUGAACUUGCUCUGGCUGAGAACAUUAUUCCGGAGCGAAUGAUAGAUCUGCAGUUGCAUCUCAUUGAAAACAAAGUGCAGAGAAGCAAGAUGCUAAUAGGAUUUAUUUGCUGAAUCUACUUUUGAAUUGUUUCCAUAUGGGAAUGAACUUGGGGUUUUUUUGUUUUUUGGUUUUUCUUUUUUUUGGUUUUUUUUGGAUUACCUACAGAUGUACAACUAAAUAAUCAUCAGAUGCCUCAGACCAGCAGAGUAAUUCCAGGGGAAACUCAGAAGAGAUUAAUGUUUGGACUCCCAAAUUGCUACAGUUUUCAGGGUUACUUUAAUGACAAUUUUGGGCUGUGCACCUGUCUCACUAAAAGUUUGAAACUGGACACCACUUUUCAUAUACAGUAUAUCAAGAACUAUAUACUGUUCCCCUUGUGUUUAUUUAUCAAAUAUGGAUUGUCUUUAGAAACUCCUGAUUUGAUACUUGAAAUGUGGUAUUUUUAGCCCGCUCGAUGGUGAGCGAAGCUUUACUUGCUCUGUCAUUUGGGGAUUGCAAAAGUGAGCUAACCUUUAUAAAUUGACUUCAGAAACACUGCUCAAGCUGUGGUGUUUAUUUACACUUUGUUGGAAGUAUCUUGUUAGUGAAAAGUUUAAUUUUGGGGUGGGAGAUUAUGUUGCACUUCUGUAAAUAAUGCACUGAUGGCUGGUUUGUGUCUGCCUUUCAGGAGAAAAGAAACAAAAAGCAAACGUCGUGAAUUUUCAGUACAAGCUUGAGGGAUAAAGUGAACUGAUGUACAAAGCAGAAAUGUGACAGAAUUUAUAAAGUUAUUUUGAAUGGUUUUAGUCCUA